UUUGCUCCUCCUCGGGAUCCGUAGAACUCCAUGGCAACGCAAAGUAGCGCCCAAGCUAAUCCCAGUUUGUUUGAGUUUCAGCUCCGUUUUCUGCCGUUUUCUUCUGUUUUACUUCAUUUAAUGACUGAACAGGACGUCGGGACUUAAAUUAAACAUGUACCAGUGUUAGUUUAACUCCGAUAAGAGUCUUUAAAGACGCUUCUGGAGCCUCGGAUGGGGUCAUGUGACAUGUGACGCCGUGGACGUGAAGUGUCCUCUGAGUUAAAGACCAUGGAGGUCUUGUCCAUCUGGCAGCUGUCCGUCCCUCUGCCGGCCAUCAUGCUGAUCACCGUCACCCUCUACAUGAUCGUGGUGGGGAUCGGACUCUGGAUCCGGUUCUGUCUAAAGGACCGCUGUUCCUUCUCCUGUGGUGACUGUUGUCCGGACGUCUCCGUCUCCGAACAGUGUUACAAAAUGGCGGAAACCUGCGACUGUCGGACGCCGUCCCUUCGUUCCUGUCUGGUUGAUACGUGUCCUUCUCCUUCAGCGUGUCCUACUCCUUCUUGUGCGACUCUGGACUGCGCCUGUACGUGUCAUCCUCCAGAAUGUGACUCCUGUAACUGUCUCUGCUUCGAGAUCAGGAUCAAAUAAAAGAAGCAGAAGAAGAAGAAGCAGCAGAGGGAGGUGAACCGAUGCCAACGAAGCUCUGGACAUCUGUAUUUUUUAAAGACCCUUUUCCAGAUGUCGUGUUGAAGUUGUGUUCAGAUGAUGAAACUUCUCCAUCACAGUGUCCAUAUUUAAACACCACGAGGCCGUUUUACAUUUAGUCCAACUGACCUUCUCCUCCUUUGACUCUUAAGUGCCUUCUUUGUUCUGUACAUGGAGGUCAAAGGUUAAACCAGUGUCUGACUUUGGUUCCAGAUGUUUGUUCAAAUGUGUCACAUCCUCAUCUUCUGGAAUCCAUUAGUCUUUCCGUUAAGGCUGUACAAUUAAUCGGAUUUUAAUCAUUGUCGCAAUUUUGGCUGCCACGUUUUAAUUAGCUUGAUCGUCGGUUUAUAUUUCCAUUUAAAGUGCGGGCUCUGCUGUAGAUCUAAUCAAACACUGUCUCAUCCAGUAGUCAGCCAACCACCAGGGGGCGAACACACAGUUAAGGCUUCAUUAAACUGCAUAAAAAACAAACAAACGCACCCUGCAGCGGUGGACUGAUGAGAGCCACUCAUGUGGAGAGAAGAAGCCUCAGCCCCAGCCUUAACCCUAACCCCUACCCUAAACCUGAACCCAACCCCAAGCCCCAACCCUACCCCUAAACCUGAACCCAACCCCAAGCCCCAACCCUACUCCUAACCCUAACCCUUAUCGAAAGAAUGAAAACCAACUCUUUUUUUUUUUAUUUUAUUUUGGAUUUGCACCUGAAUGAUAAAAUAACAAGUCAUUUUUUUCAUUUUCUGAUUGUGGAUUCUCAGUUGAAUAAGAAAAGAGCGAAUGAUACACAGAUUGGGGAUCAAAGUCAGAUGCUGCUUUGAGGCCAGAGCGUCUUUAAUCGACCUCAAACUAAAGACAGUCGCUGGGUUUACGUAUAAACCUGAGAAAAGCUGCAGCAUCGGCUAAAACCAACCAAACUGAUAUUUAUACCAUCUGUUUUUAAGUGUCAUAAACCUGUUUAUUUAGGUGAAGUCAGUUUUGUUUUGUUUUUUAUCCCCGUAGGGACAUUCAUUCUGUCCAUUUACCCAUAAUACACACAGUACCUAGUGCUAGCGUUACCAUUAGCAUUAGUAGUGGUGAGUUUCCAUUGAAGGCGCUCAUUAACUGAAUGCAGAUCUUCAUAAACACAGAUCUGUUCACCUCCAGUUUCAGGAUGAUUCUGUAAAGAUCUCAGACUUUGCCCUGAAUCAGUUCAAUUAUUUGUUGAAUUUUCCAUCACAUUUUCUAUUAAUGUUUAAUAUUUACUGGUUCUGUGAACUGUUUUUAUAUGAGUCAAAUGUAGAAAGUCUGCCACAAUAAACAUAAAAAACACUGAA